UUUUUAGCCGUUUUUUCUUGCGUAGCUUUACUGCAGAGGGACCCGAGCUGGACGCCUGCUUUACUGCUUCUCCCUACUCAUGUGAUAAUUCUUAAUUAUUCCUUUUACCUUCUAGUGGAGAGAUGUGAUUUAAACCCAAUGAUGUAUAUUGGCCAAUAUUCCUUUACCUGUAUUUGGUACGCAGUUCUGCAUGUUGGCAUUAUAUUUAAGUGAGAAUACAACAAGGCUAACUAGUUAAAUUAGUUAUCCCUCUCUGUACAUUCCCAGUAAUAUCCAGCCUCAGGAUGCACUACCUCAGGCUUAAAUAGGGCAGCAUGACAAACAGUCACAUGCUGUCUUUAGGUCUGAAAAGUGCUAUAAAUGCAUCUUUACACUUGUUUCUGGGAAAGUGAAGCUGUCAUCCAGGACAUGUUCCAACAGCACAGCAACCAAAAAUAGUCCACGAGGUUUGUAUUUGGGUUAGAAGUGAAGUGUGCAGAGGAUGCAGCUGUUGCAUCCUAACCACUUACGCCAUCUUGUGGGCAAGAAGCUGCAACUGCAGCCUGGAUGCAGACUGUAGGGACAUCUUAUCCUCAGUGCAGAGCAACUGAUGCACAACCAUUAAAGAAGUAGACAAGAAAAAAUAUUUUGGAAUGGAAGCUUAUGUAACCCUCCUUCGAUGUGUUUUACUGGGCUGUGUCACAGGAAGAUGGAGAAGAGCAGCCUUGAGGAGGUUAAAUGCAAAUAAGAAGGAAAGGGAGGGAGGAGAGAGCAGGAGGAGGAGGAGGAGGAGGAAGGCAGGAUCAGCAGAAGAGUAGCAGAGGAGGAUGAGUAGUUGAUCCAGAGUAUGAAGGAGCUGGACUUGUUUAGAAGGAGGGAUGCUGCUCACGCUGCUGUUCUACUUUCGAGUCAAAGAAUCGAUCUAUCGUCGCGGGGCCAGAAGAUGGAGGAAGCUCUACCGAGUCAACGGACACCUCUUCCAGGCCAAACGCUUUAACAGGAAAGCCUACUGUGGCCGCUGUAGUGAAAGGAUAUGGGGGCUGGGCCGGCAGGGCUACAAGUGUGUCAACUGCAAACUGCUGGUCCAUAAGCGCUGUCACAGACUCAUUCCUCAGACCUGCCAAAGGCUUAUGGAUCCAGUCAUGCCGUCACAGGAACCCCCUUCAGAUGCCCAGAGUGAGGAGGUGGACCUUCCACCAGAGGACCCGGAUGAGAUACCGUUGCUGCCGCACAACUGUGCAGUGGAUAAAACCGAAGAUGCAGAUCCAGAGGACAUCAAAGCAGUCGUUGACGGCAUCGAUGGCAUUAAGUUGUCUCAGGAACUGACUCUUGGGCUGAGUGACUUCGACCUGGUCCGAGUGAUCGGGCGUGGGAGCUACGCCAAGGUCCUGCUGGUUCGGCUAAAGAAGAACGAGCAGGUGUACGCCAUGAAAGUGGUGAAGAAGGAGCUGGUUCACGAUGACGAGGAUAUCGACUGGGUGCAAACGGAGAAGCAUGUGUUUGAGCAGGCGUCCACAAAUCCUUUCUUAGUCGGCCUUCACUCCUGUUUCCAGACAGAAAGUCGGUUAUUUCUGGUGAUUGAAUAUGUGAAUGGUGGGGACUUGAUGUUUCAUAUGCAAAGACAGAGGAAGCUCCCUGAAGAACAUGCGAGAUUUUAUGCUGCUGAAAUCUGUAUCGCUCUGAACUUCCUUCAUGAAAAGGGUAUCAUCUAUCGUGAUUUGAAGCUGGACAACGUACUCUUGGACCACGAGGGACACAUCAAGCUCACAGACUAUGGAAUGUGCAAGGAGGGAAUCAGACCAGGAGACACCACCAGUACUUUCUGUGGAACUCCCAACUACAUUGCACCUGAGAUCCUGAGAGGAGAGGACUACGGCUUCAGUGUGGACUGGUGGGCUCUGGGCGUGCUGAUGUUUGAGAUGAUGGCUGGGAGGUCUCCAUUUGACAUCAUCACCGACAAUCCUGACAUGAACACAGAGGAAUACCUCUUUCAAGUUAUUCUGGAGAAGCCUAUUCGCAUCCCAAGGUCUCUAUCGGUGAAAGCUGCCAGCGUGCUCAAGGGCUUUCUAAACAAGGAUCCUAAGGAGCGGCUGGGUUGCCAGGUCCAGACAGGCUUCACCGACAUCAAGUCCCACACAUUUUUCCGCAGUAUAGACUGGGACCAGCUGGAAAAGAAGGAGAUGACGCCACCUUUCAAACCUCAAAUCUCUGAUGAGUACGGUCUGGAAAACUUCGACACGCAGUUUACUAACGAACCAGUGCAGCUAACGCCAGACGAUGAGGACGUCAUCAAAAGAAUAGACCAGUCAGAGUUUGAAGGAUUUGAAUACAUCAACCCCCUGCUGCUAUCCACAGAGGAGUCUGUAUGAAGGAGACCAGCUUCCUUCUUUGCCCACCUACUGUCUGUCCAGGCUGCCGUCUCAGCCAAAUAAAGACUACUUUACAAGCCAACUCUGGAAGGCGAGGAGGAGGAAGAGCAGAGGGCGACGAGGAGGACAAACUCCCCCUCUGGACUGGUCAUCAAGACAAGGCAACAGAGGAGUGGGAGACAUUUCCUUCCUGAACGAUUACCAGACUCUUUCCUGGAUGUUAGGGGGGGGACAAGGGAGACACUGGACUACAGGAACAUUCCCCGUCUUCAUGUUGUCUUCUCCUUUUCUUUUCUUUUUUGCAUUUUACCUUCAGAAUGUCCAUCCUGGUGUCAAAGCACGGUCGGCUUUGUAAUUUCAGAGAUAGAAAUGUUUCAUUCUGUGCCUGCCAUCAUGAAGACAUGUCCGCCCGUCUCACGUCCCUGGACGAACAGGACAGUUCUGCUGAGGAGCAGAUUUUAUGUGCACUUUUUUUUGUUCUUCUAUCUGGUCGGGGGGCGAAGCCUCACAUGGAACAGGAAUGUACAAUGACGAAGGAAAACAUAAGUUAUUGUGUGUAAUAAUGUAGGUAGAAUCCAGAAUUCGAUGCCUUUUUCUUGAUGCAAGCAGCACAUUUUCAUUAGUCGACACAAACAUUUUUAUUAUCUUUUAUGGUUUUCACAAACCAAAGGGGGGGCUAACUGGGUUACGGCUUUUUAUUUAAGAAGUGCCUCAAAGAUCAAAAUGAUUAAUUACGUCUCUGAAUGCACUUAUUGGACAUUCUUCACCCAUCACGGCUUCAGUAGUUAAAGGUGCUGAAAUGAAGAAUAGACUAAACUAGUCCGGUCUGUGGGGAAUCUGUGUGUCUGCACACAACUCCUAGUUUUCACUGAAUUGAUUAAAAUAUUUACGAUGAUGUAGAAAUUCACAAGAGCAUCAAAACACCAUGAGACAUGUGACUAAGAGGUGACGAGCUGCGCGGUGAAGAUGGCGUCUGAUGCCAGAUGGGAGCCGUACUUUCCAGCCUUCUGUAAUCUGAAGGCCACAGCGGACUUACUGCCAGUCUCAGCCGGGCGGCUUUAGAAACAGACAUUAGGCUGAAAACGAAGCGUUCCUUUGGCUCCAGCAUCCACAGCGUGUACAGGCGUGCUGGCCGAGAUCAGGUUCUUCCACUGCGUGACCAUCUGCAGCCCCUCCAAGGUGCCAUGUGACCUGAUGGUCGUGCUGCCUCCGUCUCUCAAACGCAGCCUGGCUUCGCCUGAUGCAGCUGAGAUUCAGCUUGAAGUGGACUGGACUGCAGCAGGACCGGGGCUGGCUAACGAAGCCCAGAACCGUUUGAGUCCCAGCUGAAAUAAAUCAGGAUGUCUGACUGUUAAAAACAUCAAAAUCUCACACUGAUGCUGCAUUUUGACCAAAAGUAUCAGGUACUUCUAGUUCUGGGGACGUUUCAGGCAAAUUUAUCCACAGACACUCAUUUCAACAGCUGGACAGCGUUCCUGGUCCCACAGGCCGUGAGGGAAUAGAUGUAUUGACUCUACGACUCUGGGUGCUGAUCUUCCUCCUUUACUGUCAGACUUUCUCUGGUUGACGUGUCGCAUUAGAGCAACAACUGGCAGCACGUUGAGCUGAACAGCUGGACAUUCAGGAGGGCUGUACGCUCCACGUUUUAAAAUAAUAAUCCUGUUACUUCUGGGUCAAAGCCUGGGACUGACGCUGGAGACAGUCUUUAAGCCAGUUUCUUUCCAGCUGAACAUGGACACGAAGGAAAUUCAACUCCCAGCUGCAUCAUGUGCUCGUUAGUUUGACUCAUUUGAUUCAGUUUCAGUCAAACUAACACAUUCAUGUGUUUUAAAAGUCCAGCUUUAGCGGGACUAACACGAUAAUUUCAGUUUUUUUUCUAAUGUCAUGUAAACAUACGGCUGAGCUGCAGCCACAGAAAUCAGCAACGUGGCACCUUCCUUCAGCCUCAUGCAAAACUACUUCAACUUAACUUGAUUUUCCAUCUUCCUGGUUUCGGUUUGUUUUUCCUUUUUUACCGUCUGGACUUCACACUCGACUUGCUCCUGAUUUCAGCAUUUAAUGCUAAAUAUGAGUCCAGUUUUAGCAUCAGAAAUACUGAUCCAGUUAUGGAUGUUGUGAUACUGAAUGCAGUCCAACACGCCGGGUCACUGCAUCGGUGGUGUGGAGGCCGAGUUUCUACAGCUGCUACGCUGCUCAUUUCUCCAUCAUUUCACCAACACAAAGUGAAGUUUUUAGCUGGUUUGACUUCAUCUACUGCCAUCUUUACAACAAAGCAGCAUAUCGGUAAGCACACAAAGGGUAAAGCCGGGAUCAAAACGCUAACACAUUCACAAAAAAAUCAGCUCUUAUCAGGAUUGAAGUCUCUGACUGAGGUCCGUCGCGUCUGAAACGAGCCAAGUCGAUCUUUUUGUGUGCUUCCGGGGAGAAGAGAGCUCUCUAUUGGCUGAGAAUUAUUAGAUGAAAUCUGACCCGUGCUAAUUUCAUAACUACAUAAUAGGAUUAAUUAGCUGAUCCUGAGUCCAAGGGUGUCAAUUAGCUGCAGGGUCUUCAGAGGCAGGGAAGAAAAGAUAAUGAAGCAGCUUUACAGUCACGGUAUCGUCCACCACAAUGAACACACACACACACAC